GAAAGAUGAUGAUGAUGAUGAUGUUCUUCAUAUUGAUUCUCUGGAAGAUCCUCCAGUCUUGAAGUGCAAGAAGAGAGAGAGCAUUGAUUCCAAAGCUUGAGAUAAAUUUCCUCUGAUCAUCUUCUACCAAUUCAAUGAUUUUGUACCACUGAAAUGGAGAAACGAUGAAUUGGAGUGAGACUGAAGAGUGGUGUAGUCCCUGCAAUGCGGAUGAACAACAACAAGAACACAACGACGAGGAAGAUGUUCUGGCAGGAAGGACGACAAUGAAUGCGGAUGAACAUGACGAAGGCGAGGACAAUGACAACAGCAAGGAGGAUUCUCUGGCAGGAACGACGACGAAGAAUGGGGAUGAACAUGAAGAAGGCGACGACAGCAAGGAGGAUGUUCUGGCUGGAGGACCGGCGAUGAGCAUGAUGGAGCUGGGCCAUGAUGAUCUACGAGACCACUUUCUUGCAGAAUCCCAGAGGGUGGAUCGCAGUAACGGGGGAGGACAUCAAGAAACAUUGAACGUGUUGCAGAGCCUUAAGGACGUCACUCACUUUUCCGAGGAUGACAUUUAUGCCACGCUUUUGGACUGUGACAUGGAUCUCGCCCAGACCCUCCGCUCUCUUUUUUCUCAAGGUCCUUUCAAGAAAGUGAAGAGCAAGCCAGAAAAGAAGAAAGAGGUUAAGUCCAAGUCGGAGCUCGGAGUAUGCGCCGCUGCAAGUAGUAGCCAAGCCGGUCCCAGGGCAGCAGGUCGACGUGUUUCUGAACCUCCCUCAGAUGAAGGAAGAGAAUGUGAAGUGGACAGCGGAAGCAAAGAUCCUCCGCUCCCGCUCCUCAGGUGUACGGCCGAUUAAUGACCCAUAUUUUGGUGCAAGUGCGCAUGAUUCUACCAUACUGUAUAGUAUAUCCCGGGUGCGUUGCGCACAGAGGACGGCUGGUCUGGCCUCAGCAAGGGCGUGUCAG